UGUGGAGUGUACACAUUUUAAAAAUAUUCAGACGAAAAACGUAAAAUAAAGUUUGAAGUGACCGUUAAAAUAAAUAGUUAUCUCAUGUAACGUUGGAAAAUUAAUCAAAUCGUUCGUUUUGAAAAUCAAUUUAUAAUUUUACGGACAUUUAGCAACUUUAACUCUCUAAAAGUGAAAAAAAAUUCCAAUAAAAAGAUAAUAAUAAAGAAAAAAUUAAUUAAAGCAAUAUACAAAUUAUAUCUUCCAAUUAAGACUUUUGAAAAACUGGUCAAUUUUUUUAAAAAAUAAUUUUUAAAUUAUUAAUUUUAUUUAAAAUAAUAUAAAGAAGUAAAAAUGGUAAUACGAAGUAAGCCACUCUGUCGCCAUGUGCUUCGAAAUCAACACAAAUUCAUGCAUUUUUUACAAAGGCAAAUUCGAUUGUGUAGUUCACGUAUUGCACAGCCACUUGAAAGCGCCAUAGAUUUUGAUGAAAACAUUAAAAUGAUUGACAUUCCAGAAGUGGCCUAUCAAACACAGUCUCACCCAAUUGCACAUGAACCCGACAAUGGACACUUAUUUUCCGAAUCAGAUUUGUACGUUCGAUUGGCGGCCCCACAUCAACUUCAACCAAAACCCGAUGCCGAUGCACUUGCAUUUGGAAAAAACUUCACUGAUCACAUGUUGAAAAUUUUCUGGCACAAGAGUUUGGGUGGCUGGCAAAAACCAGAAAUUACACCAAUGGAAAAUCUCGUCAUUCAUCCUGCUGCAAAAGUAUUGCAUUAUGCUGUUGAGCUAUUUGAAGGGAUGAAAGCGUACCGCGGUGUUGAUGGAAAAAUUCGUAUGUUCAGACCAAAUAUGAAUAUGAACCGUAUGAAUUUAUCAGCAAAACGUUCGGGGCUACCUACAUUCGAUGGAGAUGAAUACAUAAAAUGCAUGCAACGGCUUGUAUCAAUCGAUCAAGAAUGGGUUCCUCACACAGAAAAAGCAUCACUAUAUCUACGGCCAACUCUUAUUGGUAUUGACCCCACACUUGGUGUUGCCUCGUCUGAUUCAGCAUUACUAUAUACAAUUUUAAGUCCAGUUGGCGGUUAUUUUGACAAAAAAGACACCGAAAAAUCCGAGGCCGUUUCUUUACUGGCAGACCCGCAAUAUACACGGGCGUGGCCAGGAGGAGUUGGAGAUCGAAAAAUGGGUUCCAACUACGCACCGACAAUUCACGUACAAAAAGAAGCAGCUUCAAAGGGAUUACAACAGGUUUUAUGGCUUUAUGGACCUGAUCAUCAGCUAACAGAAGUUGGUACAAUGAACAUUUUCGUACUAUUCGUUAAUGAACAAGGAGAAAAAGAAUUGAAAACGCCACCAUUGAAUGGGCUUAUUUUGCCGGGGAUUACUCGAGACUCAAUACUACAUUUGGCAAAACAAUGGAAUGAUUGUAAAGUGACUGAAGGUACAAUUACGAUGCAAGACAUCUGCAAACUGAUUCAAGAGGAAAGACUUUUGGAAAUGUUUGGAGCUGGAACUGCCUGUACUGUCAGCCCGAUUGAGCGGAUUCAGUAUUUGGGUACUGAUCUGAUGAUACCAACAAUGGAGCAAGAAAAACCGUUAUUCGGUCGCAUCAGGCAAACAUUGACAGCCAUUCAGUAUGGAAAAAUUGAACAUCCGUGGGCUGUAGCCAUCGAUUAAUCGAUAUUUGAAUACUUAUAUGAAAAAUUAUGAAUUAUAAAAUCGAUUAUGACAUGCUAUCGUCAAUCAUUUCGAUACAUUUUUGUUAUUCCAUUUCUCACCGCAUAUAUCAUGAGAUUGUACAACUUGAAAGUGUUCACCUUUUUAAACUUUCAUACAAAACAAAGCAGUCUUAUGAGACCAUUGACAUAUUUAUUAUGAAUAAUGUACAAAAUUUUUAUUAAAAUUGACAAUAAAUGUAAGUCGACAGACGCUAUUUUUGAUAAAAAAUUUAAA